AUGUACAUCCCUGCAGUACUACAACUAUAUGUAAAGCUGCUACAGAGGUACUAUUCGUGGACACGUGUGUGGACCCGUGGAGUCGGAACCACGGGCCGAUCACGUAAUGUCUGCUUCGGACACGCAGGAGUGUGGCGCUAGUGUAAUAUUAAGGAUGCGCGAAACCCCACGAAGAAGAGGAAGAAGGCGGUGACGUGACCGGCUUCCAAACCCCGCGAAACUCAUCCCGUGCAUCGCGCUGUCCUGCAUGUUGAUGUAGCAGAUGACUGUUGUUAGUUGGUGUCAUCGUCACAUUCAGAACCAGCGCUUCUCCACUGUGUUCAGUUCGACUCGGCUCUUUGCUAAAAUGAAGACCCUAAUAAGUUUGGCGGUAAUCUGGGUUACACUCGCUACAGCGACUACGCAAGGAGCGUGUCAUUCCACCCCCCAAGUUGCAGCAAGAGUGGGCGAUGACGUCAUUCUGCAGUGCCGGUUUGAUGCUCCAUUGAAUUUAAGCACUCGGACAUCUGACUGGAGACGUGAUAAGCAGGUGGUCCAUGUCUACCGCAACAGAAUGGACUAUCCUGAUGCACAGGACCCGCAGUUCAAAGGCAGAACAGCUCUGAGCCAUGAAGACCUGAGCAGUGGCGUCAUGACGCUGCAGAUCGUCUCUGUUCAGCUCGGUGACAGUGGCAUCUAUUCCUGUAACGUGCCAAAUGUCGGCGAUUCAGUGCUCUCUCAAUGUGUCAUGCUUACUGUGACAAACACAACGGAGGUCCGUCCCACCACGACGAGGUCUCAGGAGGAAGACGAGAGGACCAAGUCUGAGGUGGACAACACUGUCGGUGCCGUUGUCUGGGUUUGUGUUCUUGUUGGAGUUCUUGUUGGAGCUGGGCUUUUAUUCCUGGUAAAACGGAGGAAGAGCCUGCGCUGUUGGAGAAAGGUCAGGAAGGCUCCAGCGGUGGAGGGUGCAAUCAUCUGUCAUAUGCAGACUCUGAUGAAGCCUUCAGGAGCAGGUGAUCAGAACCAGGAUGUCACCCAGAUCACAUUGAGCAACAAGUGAAUCUUUCUAAAGGUCUCUCUCCGUCCCUUCUUCUGAAACACUUGGUCCGUAUGUUUCGAGCAGUAAGUCAGCGCUCUGUUUUCCCCUCUACUUUACGCUGCUCCACCAUGUUCAGUCCAGUUGGUUCAACGUUUGGCUGCUGGUCUUGAUACUGAAGCACUAAUCACACAGCUGUCUUCUAAAUAUUAAUGUAUUUUGAUUGUUGUCCUGAUCAUGGCCUAUUUAUACUACAAACUGCCAGUGUCUUUACUAUGGAAUGAUAUUUAUUUUAAUUGUCACCAUUUUGGUAUUUGGCCUCUUACAUGAAGAACUAUGGUCAGUAAAUGGGUUUAAGCACUUUUUUUUCUAUCCCCAUCAGGGGUUGCGUUAGAGUGGUGGCAGAGCUUAGCUACUGGAUGUUUGGUGGGAGACUGCUCAACCUCUAUCUACUGACACCUGCAACAAACCACUAAGCAAUUUAAAUGUUGAAAAGCUUCAGUCACGUACUGGACAAGGGAUCGGUUACACACAAUCAUGAGUUGUAGCUGUUGUGACUCAGGGAUUUUUAUAAUUUUAUUUUAUUUUUAUUUUUUUUACUAACCUUAUCAAACGUUUACUGUAAACGUAUAGAUUUGUGGUAGUUACUUAAAUUAACUGAAGCACUUUCGCCAUGCGUGUUUGCUGGAACUGCAUCACUGAGCGACAGUUAAAGCCUAUAAACCUCUGCAAUAAUCCUCCAUGCAUUUGCUUCUCACCAGUGUCGCCCUCUUUCAUUUCAUCUCUGUACUGUGUGUGGGGAUAAUAGAUCUGCAGUUGUAAUGUGCUGUCUUACGUUUUUUUUUUUUUUUUUGUUUAUAAUACUUAGCUGUUGUAAGAUGUAAUUUCUCCACUUUGAGACUAAUAGAGGUGUUUUUUUUGUUUUGUUUUUUUUCAUCAGAAUAAGAAAAAUUCUUCUUCUUCUUCUCAUGUAUUUUGUAUCCUCUGGUUUCAUCCAGUCUCCUAUCACAAUCAUGUAGUAUUAUUAUUAUUAUUACUACAGCAGACUUUUAACCUGCUGAUGAUUUCUGUGUAUCUUUUCUAUGGCUUGUGAUGUGCUUAAAACCAAAAUAAAUCAGUCUGUCUUUUAA